AUGGAAAGACCUGCUUUGCCCGACAUCGAGGAGCCUGAGUUGCCUCCAACGCCAGUCGCGCUAGGUCUGAGUACGGCGCCGUCUAGGCCCCGAGGGUUGGCCUCAAGCAGCAGUCCCAGAAGAUCUCUAGGCGGGGGUGGGAGACUCAGACGAAGGACUGGAGCAGGUGGAUCUGUCACAAGCAGUCCCCUGAAACCGAGGGCGCGAUCCCCAAGAGUUGCCGGGGACGAAGUGUUCACGGCUGGGCAUGACGAAGUCGCUGGGUCACAGGAGAGCGAGGUCCACGUACAGCACGAGGAGGACCUGCCGCAGGGGUUACAAGAGAAGCAAGCCACCAUUCAGGCGUUGCGAGACCAGCUGCAGCAGCUCAGACGUCAGAAUGAGCGGCUAGAGACUCUGAUUGAGAAGGAUGAGGAGGUGAUGGCUGAGGACCUGUCGUUGCUUCGAGAAGCUUACCUCGUACCCGGUUCUUUGGAGCCCGACUUCACCAAUCAUGAGGCCAAGACCUUGUCAUAUCUUACGUUAUUUGCCCCAAGCAACAUGCGGCUGAGCUAUCGUACAGAUGCCAGGCAAAUACAAGGCCGGACCAAGGCCAUUCACUAUUUGACCAUCAUGGCACCUCCUCCAUGGCUUCCUGGUGUCUUUGAGCACAGCUUUGAAGUGGUCACUGACACUGAAGCUGUCAGAGUCGAGCACGUUCGAUUGCGAGACAUGAUGACCGACAAGCCACGAGCAAAAUCGACUAUGACCGGCAUUACCAAAUGGAUCCAUGAUAGGAUGGACGAUCCCCUACAUUGUCUCGACGUGGGCGGAAUGAUAUGGGGUGUUGGGAGAUACUUUGCUGCUACAAUUGAGCGCGCAAAGGUCUUCCGACAAUUGCAUAAAUUAAACACAACAGCAUCGUCUAUGAUGUCCGAUCCAGUUUGGGAGGGAAAGGACGAAGAACUUGGACGAGAUCAGACUAUCGAGCUGAGUCGGUGGUUGGAUAAAAACCAGUUGCGAUUGCCUGACGCGGCCUCAACAGAAAGCAGUGAGCUCAGAGCAAAGAUCAUGCUAAUAUGGGACAUUGGUCUAGAUUGGACCGGGCACAUAACAUCCAACAUUACCAUUGCUGUCAGUGGGGUUUCUAUCAAAGCGGAAGCAAAGUUGAAGGAGGUCUUUGAUGGCCUACUACCAUUCAGAGGCGUCACGGGCGCCUUCCAAAGCGUUUGGGGACUGGCCCAAGGCAACGGUGAGGAUCAAAGCGUCGUAGCAAAGCAAACAGGCAAGAGGAAGCGCAGCUGA